AUCAAUAAAAAAAGGACCUUACGUAGCAUUCAAACUUGGUAAAAAAGUUGAGAAAAUGAAUGCAAGUGGAAAAAGAACAGUGAUUAAAACUUGGUCUCGUCCAAGUAUGAUAUUGCCGGAUAUGAUUGGCCAUACAUUCGCUGUACACAACGGACAAAAAUUCAUUCCUGUUUAUGUAACCGAGAACAUGGUAGGUCACCGUUUAGGUGAAUUCAGCCCUACCCGUCAAUUCCGCGGUCACGGAGAUAUCAUGGCAAAUCGUAAAAAAGUAGCAGCAGACGCUCGUAAAGAAGCGAACAAAACUAAGUUUGGUGCUGUUUUAAAUAGCAAUCCUACAUCUCCUCGUAAAACGAGAUUAGUAGUGGAUUUGAUUCGUGGAAAAAAAGUUGAGGAAGCUUUAACUAUUUUGAAAUUCCACAAAAAAGAAUCAGCAGGUAAAUUGGAGAAAUUGUUGAAAUCUGCCAUCAAUAACUGGGAGCAGAAA